CUCUUUCACAAUGCAAAGAGGGUUACUGUAAACAACCUCAUAUCCAUGAACAGCCAGCUUGGGCACAUAGCCUUUAAUGGGUGUGAGGACAUAACUGUAAAUGGUGUAACGGUUCGAGCAUCGGGCGACAGUCCGAACACCGAUGGGAUCCAUGUACAACAGUCAGUUAAUAUCGUGAUCAUCAACACUAGCAUAAGGACGGGAGAUGACUGUAUUUCAAUCGGGCCGGGGACCCAGAAUUUGUGGAUUGAGCAUAUGGCUUGUGGUCCCGGACAUGGUAUCAGCAUUGGAAGCCUUGGAAAGGAUUUGGAAGAGCCUGGGGUGGAGAAUGUGACAGUUAAGGAUGUGGUAUUAAGUGGCACACAAAAUGGAGUAAGGAUAAAGACUUGGGCUAGGGAGAGCAAUGGAUAUGUGAGGGGAGUUUUAUUUGAGGAGGCAUUGAUGAUCAAUGUGAACAAUCCCAUCAUCAUAGACCAGGAUUACUGCCCUCAUAACUUGAAUUGCCCUAAUCAGGGUUCUGGUGUAAAGAUAAGUGGGGUGAAAUAUAGAAACAUUAGAGGAACAUCAGCUUCAAAAGUAGCCGUGACAUUUAAUUGUAGCCCUAAUGCUCCAUGCCAAGACAUAAGGAUGGAGAAUGUUGAGCUUACUUACCUGAACCAGUUGGCCCAAGCCUCAUGCUCCCAUGCAGAGGGGAGCUCGAGUGGUGUGGUUUACCCACAAAGUUGCUUAUAA